AUGGAUGACCCUUCGGGCAUAUUGGCCAAGGCGAGAGAGCAUCUCGAAGCCUUGAAGCAGUCGGGCCUCAGUCGCGAAGCCUUGCGAGCUCUAUUGGAGGAGGAACCCGAGCAGCACCCACAGCAACAACAGCAACAGCAUUUCGCAAUACCAGAAACAUCCACUGUGCCGAACUUCAGUCACAGAGAAGUCCAUUCUCCUUUCCCGCAUCCACCGCAUCCAACCCACCAAUAUCGAUCAUCGGUCUCGACAAUCUCAAGUACCUCGAGUCGCGACAGCUGCUUUUCCCAGACCUCGGUACGAAGCUCCAUCUCGUCGACAAGCGGCCCGACGAGCGAUGCGAAGUUCUGGUGUACAGCAUGCGACAAGACAUUCAAGCGGAAGUUCGACUGGAAGCGCCACGAGGAGGAGUUCCAUGAUCGGUCUCGCAAAUACCCGUGCAACAAUUGCAACCAGAGCUUUUGGGGUCCGAACACGUUCAACCAACAUCACAAAUCGGCCCACGGAUGUAAGACGUGCCCCCACGCGGAUACUGUGAUCAAGCACAUGCCAAAGAGGAAAGCGUAUGGGUGUGGGUUUUGCGCAGCGAUGCACAGGCAGUUUGAGCGGCACAUCGACCAUGUGGCCGGCCACUUCGAAGCCGGGAGUACGAAGACCGACUGGUUGCAUUCCAACGUCAUCUACGGCCUUCUGCACCAACACGGCAUCCACGAAUCUUGGAAGGCAUUAAUCGCGAGCAAAGAAAGCCAGUACAAUGGACACCAGCCCAUGUUUAGCUGGCCACCAGAGUCGACAGGGAGAGCGCAGGGGUAUGUCGAGAACGAGAGCGCCGGACAGUUGCAAGAUCUGCUCGAGUUCUUCGACGGGUCGAGGGAGUCUGCGGCCGAGAUUGUUCAGUUGGCCGACACGUGUGUCCACGUCUACCUGAGGCCAAGGUCGACGCCACUGAGUCCAGGCAUCGAUCCGACAUCCCCGAGCAACUCGCACAAGCAUGUGUCAGUCCUGCCAAAAACACGAGAACCUAGACGGUCGGCUUCCACGUCGGCGAUGGCGAGGUCGGCUUCUACGUCAGCGAUUUCGAGGGCGAGCAGAUCGAGCCGCCGAACCACUCCAACGCCCUUCGACUCCCAGAUUGCUACUCCCAUUCUGAUCCCAGACAUGGUGGUAAGCCCACCGGCGCAACCAUUGGUGCCGCCGAUGAACGAUAUGUUUCAGAACUUUCUGAGUACACCACAGCCCCUGGGUCAGAUGUACGCGGACAAGGCCCUUCCCCCGCCACCGCUCGAUCCGGUAUCACCGAUGGACGUGGACUACCAGCCAUACAGACUCGGGGGACAGUACUUGGAAGCUUCGGAUGUGAUGGGUGACUGGCAAAGCUUCGCCAGUACCCUCGUCGACAACCAUUUCCAAUCGGCUCGCGGGUUUCCGAUGACAUGGGAAGAUCUGGGCCAGUUUGAGUCGAGACCGGGCAACUGA